AUGUACGCCUCCUCCGCUGUCCGCGCCCGUCUGGCCACCGUCGCUGCCCGUCGUGGCUUCUCCACCACCCGCACUCAGUUUGGCAGCCCCUACCACUACGCUGAGGGCCCUCGCUCCAACCUCCCCUUCAACCCCCUGAGCAAGACCUUCUUCUGGCGCUACUGGGCUUUCAUGAUUACCGGAUUCGGUGCUCCCUUUGCCAUUGCUGUCUGGCAAACCAACAAGACCAAAUAA